CACAUUCGUUAGACUUCAUUCAUCUUUCUGUUCAACUCCUUGCAUCAUUCAUUUCCAUUUGAAUAUUUAUACCCAUUAAAAGUUGGACCGUCAAUAAUUACCAUGUGCAUCUUACUUUGGACUCUACCUUUUUGCAACCAUCCUCGGUUCAAAUUUGCAUUUGCAAGCAAUCGUGACGAGUUCAUGGGUCGUGAGGCAGCUCGUGCGGAUUUUUGGGAUAUCCCAUCUGUCCUGAAGCGAGCCAACACCCCCAAACAACCUAAUCGUGGGACGUGUGGUGUAGGGAUUCUCUCCGGUCAGGACCUUCAACCAUCUCAAGCGGUGAACUAUGUGAUUCAAGAGACUGAGACAUUGCCAGAUGGCCAAGAAAAGACAACAUUGGUCUUGCCGACCGAGGAUGUACCGGGAACAUGGCUGGGGAUCACGACUCACGGAGAUUUGGUAGGACUGACGAAUUAUCGAGAAACGAUGGCUUACCUGGCUGAGAAGCGGUCACCCAAACUUUCUAGAGGUAAAGUCUGUGGGGAAUACUUAAUCGCCAUGGCGUCUGCACAUGAGAACCAUUAUCGCCGUCAACAGCAACAAAGCAUGGUGAGUGACAAUUGUGAUAGCAGCAGUAGCAUCACAGCAGCAACAGGGGUACCUAAGGACCGUGCAGAGCAAUGGAUCAGAAAACGAGCAGUUGGUUGGGAUACUGAGUUUGAAGGAUUAAACCUGUUGGUAGUGCAAAAUGCCGGCGACCAACAGAGCGUUGCCGGCAAUAGAGAAGGAUCGGAGCUUUUUGUCUUUAAUGAGACAUCGAGGAGUAACGCAGCAAAAGUGGCAAUAGCUACUUCAUAUGAUAGUGAUCCAUUGGACAACAGUAAUCCCACAAUCCUACCAGGAUCUGUAGUUGGAGUCAGUAAUUCCGUCUUCAAGCGCCCAUGGACCAAGGUUGAUAUUGGAGUCCAGGCUUUGGAGAAGAUACUGAAUAAGAGUAUCGAGCUUUUUGGAGCAGGCUCAAAAGCAUCACUCCGAGAAAGUGCUGCCUCUCUUAUUCCUUCCCCCUCUUCUAAUUCACCAUCAAUACCAUCGCCACCAUCCACUAACGAUGGUCGUCCAAUCAUAUCUAACGAUGACCAAAAAGAAAUAGCCUGGCUAGUUAUUCAGAUGUUGACACUCUUGCGUGUUAACACCAAGCCAUUUCCUGACGACAGAGGUGAAAAAGACGUACUGGCCAAAAUUAAUGGGCUUCGCGAGCGUGUGUUUAUUCCUAAAAUCACUCUGGGAAUAACAGAUAGUCAUGAUUAUGAUUAUGCGAGAAGGAGCCAAACCGUAUUGGCUCGCAACAAUGAGUCCACUCCAUUUUUGUUCAAGAAUAAAAAAGCCAGGCUCCUCUUUGUUUUCGUCAAACCAUUUAUAGAUUCCUGAAUCAUACUGUUAUACGUGCAUCUUCCUUUCUUAUUAUGAUCCUGACACACUACAGAGCAACUCUCGUUUUACAGAAGAGCAGCCAAUUCCCCCUAGGCAUACACCUCAUAACGCCAUGUUGUGGGAGCACGGGAAAACAUGAUAGUCUUUCCAGUAAAGCUACUAACUGAUGAAGGUGAAUGGUAACAAA